AGAGCUGAAGGAGGUUUGGAGAGAGGGAAAAAGGACAACUGGGUCAGUUUGAUCAGCUAUUCAUAUUGAGCUGCUAUGGUUGCCCGUAGCCAGACUUAAGGAGAGACACAGAGCCUGGAGGAGGGAGGAGAGAGAGAGUGAGAAAGAGAGAGAGAGCGAGAGUGUUGAUCUGCAGCCCCCAGCCUUCCCUCUGUUGCUGCUACAGUACUUGUGGAAGGCGGGGAGAGAGGGAGAGAGAGGCGGCAGAGGCAAAACUGGUGUUCGUCUCUGACACUCGGAGGGGAAGAAGAGGAGAACGCUGCGAGCUGUGCGGUGAAGAGCAAGAGACAGCCAGUGCUCUGGUAUGUGUCCAGUGAGUGAGUGAGUGACUCGGUCAACAACCCUGCGCACCUCUGCUGCCGUCUUAGCAUCUUCGCAUCACCAGGACUCUGACUCCAGCCACACAAACAGGUGUGCCUGUGUCCUCUGAAUCUGUCUGUGUAGAGGAGCAUGUUGUGACAGCCAUGUCUCUGGAGAUGGAGAAGACCAUCACCAAGCUGAUGUACGACUUCCAGAGGAACUCCACCUCUGAUGAUGACUCCGGAUGUGCGCUGGAGGAGUAUGCUUGGGUUCCUCCAGGUCUCAGUCCUGAACAGGUGCAUCAGUAUUACAAUUCCUUACCAGAAGAGAAGGUCCCCUACAUAAACAGCCCUGGAGAGAAAUACCGCAUCAAACAAUUGCUGCACCAGUUGCCACCACAUGAUAAUGAGGUCCGUUAUUGCAACGCGUUGGAUGAGGAGGAGAAACGAGAGCUGAAGCUCUUCAGCAACCAGCGGAAAAAGGACAACUUGGGAAGAGGCAAUGUUCGUCCUUUUCCUCUCACCAUCAAUGGGGCCAUUUGUGACAAGUGCGGUGGUCAGAUAAAUGGAGGGGACAUUGUGGUUUUUGCAGCACGAGCAGGCCACGGACAAUGCUGGCACCCUCACUGCUUUGUUUGUGGCAUGUGUGAGGAGCUAUUGGUGGAUCUCAUCUACUUCUACCAAGAUGGAAAGAUCUACUGUGGCCGGCACCACGCUGAGAGGCUGAAGCCCCGCUGCUGCGCCUGUGAUGAGAUAAUCUUUGCUGAUGAAUGCACCGAGGCAGAGGGCAGGCACUGGCACAUGAAGCACUUCUGCUGCUACGAGUGCGAGACCACCCUUGGCGGCCAGCGCUACAUCAUGAAAGACGGACGGCCCCACUGCUGCAACUGCUUUGAGUCCCUUUAUGCUGAGUACUGUGAUGCAUGUGGAGAGCACAUAGGUAUUGACCAAGGCCAAAUGACGUACGAUGGGCAGCACUGGCAUGCAACUGAAGAAUGUUUCUGUUGUGCCCACUGCAAGCGCUCCCUGCUGGGUCGCCCCUUCCUGCCAAAGCAGGGGCAGAUUUUCUGCUCACGAUCCUGCAGUGCCGGGCAGGAUCCAGAUGAGUCUGACUCCUCAGAUUCCGCCUUCCAAAGCGCCCGUUCCCGUGAAUCCCGCCACAGCACCAAGAUUGGGAAAAAGGAGCGUCGAAAUGCAGAGCAGGAGCGAAGGGGUGGAGAGGCACGCCAGUCAGCUCCUCCACCCAUGCCGGACCGUCUGUCUGCUGAAAGCGACCCUCUCUCUGGACAGAUGGACCGUCUAAGCCUCUCCUCCAGCCAAACCCCAAGCAGGACACCUAACCGCACACCCAGCCGCACUCCAAGCCGUGCCCCGAGCCUUAAUCAGGUGUGGAUGAGCCGGGACGACCCUUAUGUCCCUGGUGCCUAUGAGGGCCCCCAGCCGGCAUCCUCCCCCACACCAGCACCUAUUCAUCUGCUGGGUCAGUGUAACCUCAGGCAGGGCUACAAUCCCAAUGCAAACGCCCAUCCUCCAGCUCAGAGUCCUGCCAACCCAGUUAAAAGGCCAGAUUCUUGGGGGAAGGAACAAGGCAACACCAAGAGGACCCCUAUGGCUGCUCUGAGGGGGCACUCCUUUAACGAGAACUGGACCCACCUCAGUCAGGAUGAGUUCAGGCCCAAUAAGCUGCGCACACAGAUGAGCUUCAAUGAGAUGUCCAGCCAGAGUCAGGGCUUCUCUGACAAGAGGAGUAUCAGCCUGCAUGGAUUCCAGAGAGAUGGGAGACCUCCAUUAACCAGGAGGAAUCCCAUCAAUGCCAUGAGCUUCAAUGAGCCCCUAACACCUCUAGAACAGACCCCCCGUGGAUCCAUGGACUCCCUUACUAUGUCCAAUGCUACAGCAGGUAAUUCCCUGGAUGGGGUCAGUAAGAGGCAGGAGCAUUUGUCUCGUUUCUCCAUGCCUGACCUGAGUAAAGACUCAGGUGUGAACGUUUCAGAGAAGAGCAACAUGGGCACCCUCAGCUCCUCAGUCCAGUUCCACAGCACAGAGUCCCUAUCCUCAUCUCGCCCUUAUAACAAUAACAUGUACACUCCACUGAGGGUGGGCUACCCCCUACAGUAUUGGGAUGGCCCGCAACCACUGGGCUUCGAUGGGAAAGGUCAUGUUGGGGUGAUGGGCAGCAGUGGAAACCUGCGAAUGGCUCCCAUGAGUGACAGAAUGCCCCGUAGACGCAUCAGCGCACAAGAAUCCAUGUCGCAGCAGCAACCACAACCACAGCCAAGAUGCCGCAAACACCAUCGUGGAAAUCAUGGACACGGGCAGCACCGCAGCGGCCGCCACCACAAACGCUCUCGUCGCUCCCGCUCUGACAAUGCCUUACAUCUUGUGGCUGACCGGCCAGCUCAACUUGUAGAGCUGCCCUAUCGUCGCGUCCAGGAGGAUUAUGAUCGCUUCCCCUCUGGUAGUGCUGCUCGGGAGUUUCUCGGUCUGGAAGCGGGAGGGUACAGACAGCCGCCUCACCGGCCAUGCCCCCGCACCACCUCGGAUCUCACCCUGCAGAAUGCUGGCUGGCAGCCUGUAGGGCUAGGUGGGCCAUGCUGGGGUGACGGCUAUGUGGAGGCCGCAGAUCCCUGGUGCUCCAGCUGCUCUUCUUCUUCUGAGUCAGAGGGAGACGAGGGUUAUUUCUUGGGCGAGCCAAUCCCUCGGCCUGUACAGCUUUGCUACAUCAACAAUGAGGAGCUGCGCCAUCGCUACACUCCCACCGGAGUCCAUCACGGACCUCUGCAUGGACCGAUUCAUGGCCAGAUGCACAACCGCCAGAGGAGGAAGAGCAAAAACUGCGUUAUUUCCUAGAUAUAGAGCAAAAGGAUGGUGAGAGAUGAGCAGGGGAGUGAAAGAGAGAGAGGUAAGGAGACAGAUACAGGAACAGAGAGGUGGAACAGAGGGAGUGGGAAGGUGAGAGUGAGACAGUUGACAGUGAGAUUGAACAUGUUUGUGUGUUUAUGUGUGUGUGCAUGAGAGUGUGUGUCAGGGUUGAAGAGAGAAAAGUCCUAUUUUAUGUGCUUGUGAGCUUACACAACUCUACACUGGGUAGUGUUUGUGUACACCUACACAGAAUGAUCUAAUCAUAAGAGGAAGCUCAGCUGGCUUACACAACAGGAAUGUUUACAGUGAUAGAAAUCAACUCCUCUGAUGGCACCAGGAUGCACUGAUGAAUUUGACUACAAGAUUCUCUGUGGUCAAGGAAAAAUAAGAUGUAUGUGUGUCUUUGCGUGUAUUCGUGUUACAGAGCAAAUGAACAAUUCCUUUGCAGUCCAAGAAAGGGAAGUAAAACUGAUCAAACGGCAGCGAUCGGACUGUUCAUGUCACAGUUCAGGGAUCCAAGCCCUGGGCACUAAAACGUAUUCUAUGUGGACAAACCAGAAAUUGUGUUGGGAUAGUGAAAGUUACGUGCUAGAUUCCAAGCUAUGUCAUUGUUUACCUCAGUGGAAUCCAAAUGCUGCUGGAAUAUAGUGUUGGCUCGCUAGCCCUGUUAUCACCUUGUAUAAAUAGUCUGUUGAACUUUGUGCUCUACAUAGCCAGAUCUCUCCAUGCUUAACCAAGGACAGAGAGCCAGACAGCCUCUGCUCCUUGACCAUUCAGGCACAGUAACGUCAGGUAUGGUCCCGUUUUCUCUUCUGCAACAUGCUUUGUAUUUUGAGAGUUACCUAUAGAUGAGUAAGAAUAAUAAUGCUAACAAUAAUAAUAGAAAUGCAAAUAAUAAUUAUAAUAGUAUUAAAGAAUAAUACCUGUUAAAUGUAUAUAUAAUAAUAAAAUUAAUAAAGUAAUGGUUGUAGUAAUGUAAAUGUUAUGUACAUAUUGUCUUAAAUAUUUAUAUAUUUUGUAACUAAAGAAUCAUUAUUUGUAUAACAUGAUGUAGA